ACUACAUGUUUUUCUUUAUUUUAAUUUGUAUUUACAUACACAUUUCAUAGGUAUUAUUUUUUACGACAAAGAUUCAAUUUUAAUCAUUGUUUAAUGAAGUCACACUUUAAUUUAAACCUAACGGUCACAGUAAUCUCUCCUUUUCUUCUUCGUUAUUGAAGGAAAUAAAAGAAUCUAAACAGAUUUUUUUUUUUGCAACUUAAGUUAUUAAACCUAAUUAACCAAAGAUGUCAAAAUUAUUUUUCAAAUCACUUUGUUUAUAAAACAAUAAAAUACAGAUGUUUAUUUACUUGACAAUUAAAUGUCAAACCUACUCGAUUUGAAGUUGAUAUGAUAUUUAAUUUGUGAUUCUUGUGAUAGAUUUUGAAUAAUAGAUACCUAAACUACCAAAUUAUUUAUAGAAAAUAUUCAUCAUGGCGUCAGGUUCUAACACUAGUAUAAUGAGUAUUAGAGAUAUGAUUGAUGCAGCUUUUGGAGAUUCUGAAGUUAAUGUAGUAAACCACAAAUUAAUUCAGACUAUUCUUUACCUUCUCGCAAGACAACUCCGAAUAUUAGAAAGACGGGUGCAAAUUGAAAUAGUUCCUAAUAUGGAAAUGGAAUCUGGCAGUAGUCUUUCAGUCACGGAAGUAAAAUUAUAUGCCAAUGUACCUAAAAAAAAACAUCGAUCGAUGAAAAUGACAAGUAGUAGCAAAGGAGGUAAAGUAGGUACAACAAGUACUACCAUAGAACCAGUGAGUAAAGGCGUAUUAACUAAAUAUACUGGUGUUAUAUCCAGAACUUCGGAAGAAAAAAGUGGUAAAAGACGUCAAGAAGAAAAACCUUUCCAAAAACCAAUAGACAAACAAUUUACUGCAGACAAACCAUCUACUAAGAAAUCUUCUAUUGAUAAAACUUCUAGCACAAUAUCUACUUUGCAAUCACGUUCAGAUAAAACUUCAUCUGAAAAAACAACAAAGUCAACUGCUGAACCUCCUUCCAUGGAUAAAACAUUCUUCGAAAAAACAUUAUCGAAUAUAACUUCUACAGAUAAUAUAUUAAAUGAUAAAAUUUCUUCAGACAAGUUUUCUAUAUAUAAAACUUCGACGGAAAAGUUUACCACUGACAGAAGUAGCACUGAGAAGUCAUCCGAAAAGGAUUACCACAAACUGAUGGAGAAAAUCGAAGAGAAAAGAGAGAUAGAAUUACGUGUCAUUCAUCAGAGAGCGAAUUCACGAGAAGAACAAGACAGAAUCCCAACACCGAUGGCUUCUUUGGAUACUAUGGAAAUGCAAUACGAAAAGUUACUUAUUGUGGAGAAAGUACCUACUGAUGAAGCAAAAGCAGCAGAUAGUCACUAUCGGACAUACAACCGUGACCGUACUCCUCGCUUAUCAAUUGUUACACACGAAGAAUUUGCCGAAUUGGCUACAACAGUUCGUGAACUUCAAACUCGAAUUAGUCCAAUUGCCGGAGCAGAUUUCCCGGACAAUAUUAAGCUCAUGCAAGAUCUUCGUAAGGGUGCAUCUUUAACAGACGCCAUGGCUGCUUUACAACUUUCUGCUCGUCUUGAAGGUGCAGAAAAGGCAAUACAAAAAAUUACUUCAUUAGUAACUGACCUCGCUAGUAGAACACCAGGUUUAGAAAAUAUACUUAAUAAGUGCAUAGAGCCAGAAACUGAAGGUGCACUAGAUAAACCAGCCCGCUCCACAGAAUCUCUUGCUGUUUCCGUGACAUCAUAUUCACACAAAACUGAAAAAUUUCCUACGGAUAUUGCAGCUGACGACAAGAAUAAAGAACAUGAUUAUAUUACUGUUGAAGAUUUAGAACUUCAAUAUUUUAAUUUCAGUAAUGCUCUACAUGAAUUAUAUGAUGAGUUUCUAAAGAAGGUAACUGGUUUAACUACUCAAAGUAACAAUAAUGCCGAUAAUGCGCUUAAAAUAGCAAAUAGAUUACAAGGGAAGUUAGAAGCCUCGUUAGAUCUCGUUAAUCGUAUGAAUAAUCUGGAAAUUUUAGUCUCUGAAUAUUCUGAACAAAUAAAUAUCCUUGAUACUGGUUUAUCGUCACAGAUGACAAAUUAUCAAGAACAAUUAACUCAAAUGCAACAUGAUUUAGAAACUGGAUUGGAAACAAUGGCAGAAUCAUUCGCUAAUGCAGGUGGUGAUACAACAGCUGUGGCAGAGCUAAAUACACAAUUCACUAAUCUUCAAAUAGAUCUCGAUGCCACAAACUUACGACAAAAAGAGCUAAGAGACAUUCAAACUACACUCUCCGUGGACCUUCAAGGAUUAUGGAAACAAAUAGAAUUACUACGAGACACGAAAUCCGAUCGUGAAGAAGUAACAGAUGCAUUAAGAGAUAAAGCUGGACUUGGUGCAUUAAAUAGACUUGUAAGUCUUCAACAAUUUGAUGCUAUAAGAGGAGAUUUUGAGAAACGAAUUGGGGCAGCUUAUGAUAAAUUCAAUAACCAAGAAAUAAUCUGGCAAAAAGCAAUAGAUGAAUUAGUGAGGGAACUGAACGAAAAAGCAGACUGGAUUCAAGUCGCGUCUUUACGCGACGACGUGAAUAAAAAUCUGGAUAUGCUAAGAAGCCGACUUCAUGCCAUGAUGGAAAUCGUAGGAGAACCACAAGCCGCUGCUGUGUCGCGAAGACUGCAUCGUGAUACAGCAUGUUUAUCUUGUGCUAGUCCAGCUCAUAUGGCCCUAGAAGAACCUGGCGUAAUACCAGCAUUACCUGCUCUCAUACUACCUAGACCGCCCACAGUGGGAGCUGAAGCCCCAACAAAGACAAAAGAAAAUCUCAAACUUUGUUAUCCUGGUUUGCCAAUACCACAUCCAAAAGACCCUAGAUUACAUAUCUGUCAACGGUAUUGCGGAGGAUCUCACACAAUUGUACCGAACGCAAUUAGUCGGGCACCCCCAGGAAUGAUCAUUAAUCCAGUAUUUCGGCAAGUCGGUACAGGAGUUGGAUCUGAUGGUAAAACCUACAUGACCGAUGAAGGAUUCAUCAAAAAGCCUUGUUUGCCGUGCAAUGCACCCGAGAUGAUGACACCUAAGCCUUCGAUAGUAGAACGAGGUGACAAACGUCGUUAUUCAAAUCUUACAACACUAUACUUACAUCUUAUCUCUUUAAAUUUUAAUAUUAUGUUAAUUUACAGCUCCAUUAGAUAUAGUGGAUUCGGACAUGACACCUACAGAUUUUCGUGAACAAUCAGAGGCGUACAUUCAACCAGCAGACGCCGUAUCUGUAACACCACCUCCUCCGAUUGAUGACGAUUAAUUUUAUACUGUUAUAA